AAAUUAAUUUGCUGCACACCACAAGUACUAUCCCUAACUAAAAUACUGCAAACAAGGACAAAUGUGCCCAUGGUUUGAGGCAGCCUUUGCUUGCUCGCUGCUGUUCUUCUACAAUUUCAAGAAUCCCCUUUGCUUUCUCCCUUUUACAAUUCCAGCUCCUUCAAAUGGUUUCUUUAGGUUCCCAGGUAGAAUACCAGUUACUACCACCCAUAGGUUUUCUUUUCUUUUCCUGAAACCCAGCAGACCAAACCACUAUUUAUCCUGCCUGCCUUCCCCUUGUAUUGGUUGGUCUUGCAGUAUUUUUUUUCUCCCUUCUUUGCUGUAUGCCUCUCUUGGUGGAUUGGAUCUGUAUAUCUAUCUGUUCACAAGAAUAAUAAUAACCCUUGUGCUGUAUGUGUUGCUGCCCUGCCCUGCCCUGCCCUGGCUUUAGCUUAGGAGGAGGAGUUGGGUGUUGGUGAUUGUGAUUGGGAUUGGGAUUGGGGCUGUGGCCUGAAUAUUGUUGGGGGCUCAGGGCAGCAGCAACAGCAGGAGCAAUCCGACUCCUGCAAAAGAAAGAAAAAAUUGAGAACCGGCAAUACUACAAUUUUUUUUUUUGUUUCUGCUGCUGCAAGCUGUUGGAUCUGAACAAGUUUGUGGCAAAAAUUAACGAUGGCCUCACGAGUACGGCUGGGAUGAUGUUGAUGAUGAUUCUGACUUAACACGAUUGAACUGGACGUCUCCUGACAGAUCUGUGCAAAAGAGCUGUUAUGAUGGGAGCAGAGUGCAUUAUGGCCACACUUGGCGAGGACCCUGAACCCUCAAUUCCACCUGGAUUUGGACCUUUUAAUGCCCUUGCAUUGCGGGGUAUCCAAAACAAUGUCGAACCAGCUGAUACUCAUUCUAGUUCUGUUCAAGUAUUACAGAGGAUCGAGAAAGAUGUUGAAAUUUUGGAACCCAGUUUAGCGUAUUGUCGGAGUGGCACACCUGCCAGUACUUCUGGGAGCUAUACUUGCAGGAAGUCACUGCGUAACAGACCUCCAAUAGACUAUAGCCGUUUCGACCAUAUCUCCGAUGAAGAUUCUGACGCUGAAGCAGCAGAAAAGGGAGUAUGUUCAGUGAGACGUAGACAACAAUUACCAAAAGGAGUACUUCGGGGAUGUGCAGAGUGUGCUGAUUGUCAAAAGGUUGUUGCAAGAUGGAAUCCAUCUGGUGCCCGCAGGCCUGUUCUUGAUGAGGCUCCUGUUUACUAUCCAUCCGAGGAGGAAUUCAAGGACACUUUAAAAUAUAUCGAGAGUAUACGGCCUAAGGCAGAACCAUAUGGAAUUUGUCGUAUUGUUCCACCACCUUCAUGGAAGCCUCCAUGCCUUCUUAAAGAGAAGAGCAUAUGGGAAUGCUCAAAAUUUUCUACUCGGGUACAGAAGGUGGACAAGCUCCAAAACCGUAAAUCAUCCAAGAAGAGUAGAAGAGGUGGGAUGAUGAAGAAGCGGAGAAAGCUUUCAGAACUAGAAGAAACCAGUAACAUUAAUCACAAUCAAAUUGGGAUGCAGCAAAACCAAGAAAGAUUUGGAUUUGAACCAGGACCAGAGUUCACACUACAGACAUUUAAGAAAUAUGCGGAUGACUUCAGCAAUCUGUAUUUUAAGAAAGAUGCAUGUGGGGAUUCAACACCGUCAGUGGAAGAUAUUGAAGGCGAGUAUUGGCGCAUAGUUGAAAGGCCCACUGAAGAGAUAGAGGUAAUAUAUGGUGCCGAUUUGGAGACUGGAACUUUUGGCAGCGGUUUUCCGAAGUUUUCUCCUGAAUUAAAAUCUGAUGUUGAGCAAAAGUACGCACAAUCUGGUUGGAAUCUGAACAACUUGCCUAGACUACAAGGUUCUGUUCUUUCUUUUGAGGGUGGUGACAUCUCUGGUGUUUUGGUGCCUUGGGUGUAUGUCGGCAUGUGUUUUUCAUCAUUCUGCUGGCAUGUUGAAGACCAUCAUUUGUACUCACUGAAUUACAUGCACUGGGGUGCUCCAAAGAUGUGGUAUGGAGUUUCAGGAAAGGAUGCUUUAAAUUUGGAGGCUGCAAUGAGGAAACAUCUACCUGACUUGUUUGAGGAGCAACCUGAUUUGCUUCACAACCUGGUUACUCAAUUUUCACCAUCAUUGCUUAAAUCUGAAGGAGUACCAGUCUACCGCUGUGUUCAGCAUGAGGGAGAGUUUGUCCUGACAUUCCCACGGGCAUACCAUGCUGGUUUCAAUUGCGGCUUCAAUUGUGCAGAAGCUGUUAAUGUGGCACCAAUUGAUUGGUUACCAAUUGGACAGGAUGCUGUUGAGCUUUAUCGCAAACAAGCUCGGAAAAUAACUAUUUCCCAUGAUAAGCUGUUGCUUGGGGCUGCAAGAGAAGCAAUAAGAGCUCAGUGGGACAUCCUAUUCCUCAAGAGAAAUACUGCUGAUAACUUGAGGUGGAAAAACAUAUGUGGACCUGAUAGCACCAUAUGCAAGUCACUUAAGGCACGAAUCGAGAUGGAGUUGAAGCAAAGACAAAAUAUAUGCUCCCCAACUCAAUCUAGAAAAAUGGAUGCUGAAUUCGAUUCUACUGAUAGGGAGUGUGCGUUGUGCUACUAUGAUUUGCAUCUUUCUGCUUCUGGCUGUCCAUGUUGCCCAGAGAAAUAUUCUUGCCUUGCCCAUGCAAAGCAGCUUUGCUCAUGUGAUUGGGACAAAAGAUUUUUCCUAUUCCGUUAUGAUGUCAAUGAGCUAAAUAUCUUAGCUGAUGCUUUGGGGGGUAAGUUAAGUGCCAUUCACAAAUGGGGUGUAUCUGAUCUUGGAUUAAGUUUGAGCUCAUGUGUAAAACGAGAACAGGUCCUAGAUUCCAAGACUGUUCGCAGAUCAACUGAUGGCCCCAGAAGAUCCUACAUGUCACAGGUGUCAACAGUGUUGUUGGUACCUUCAUUUUCUUGCAAUGAACAGAAAAACAACGGACAUAAGAUGCUGAACUCAGCUAGUCCAGAGACGAAUAAUGUCUGUCCUUCUGCAGAGCAAUUAAAAUCAGAAAAUGCUUCAGCAUUAAAGUGGCCAUGCAUGAAGAAUGAGUUAUCCUGUACCCUAAACAGCGGUAUCGGCCAACUACAAUAUAAUGGAGGGCCUGGGGAUCACAGAAAUUCAUCACCAAGCUUGUCAGUUCCUUCCGGUCAAUCAUUUUCUUCCAAUGUUGUGACAAGUUCCUUAAGUACUUCUGGUGAAUCCAUGAGAAGUGCACAUGGCUUGGCAAUGUUUAAAGAGAGUAAAGAAUCUUCUUCUCGGUUUGGAAACUGUACAUCUUCACUUGGUGAGAAUCAUAACAGACCACCAAUAUUGGUUGAUCAUGCAACCAACAUGAAGCCUAGUUUGCAAAGUUCAAACAAUUCUCACAGGUUGAUGGCAUCUAACUGUAAUGCAACUCUGCAUCACUCUUACAGCGAUCAAGUGCUUGCAACACCAGAGACUAAUGCCUCUGUGACUGUGAUGACUGAGAAAGAUAGCAGCCAGGCCAGUACUGCAUCAAGUCUGCAGUUUGUGGAAACCGUUUCAAGGGCACAAAGUGUGUCUCAAGAAGCAUCAGCUACUAUCUUUGCUUCAAAGCCACUCGUAGAUCCUUCACUUGUGAAAAGUGUAUAUGGGGGUUUUAGUUCAGGCAGUGCCCGUCUUGGGCGUCCAAGUUCUGGUAAUCAGCAACCAAAUGAUGGGUGGAUUCAAACAAAAUCUGGAUCUCUAUCUGGUGUGGACGUUAACGCUAGGGGGCAUUCAGCUGUAUUAGUGCAACCUGCUCUGGAAAAUCACGACAGGAAUGGAGGUGCACAAAAGGGUCCUCGCAUAGCCAAUGUUAUGCAUCGAUUCAAGUGCUCUGUUGAACCUUUGGAAAUUGGUUCUGUGCUAUCUGGGAAGUUAUGGUCCUCAAGCCAAGCAAUCUUCCCUAAAGGGUUUAUGAGCAGAGUGAAAUACUUCAGCAUUGCGGAUCCGAUGCAAAUGGCAUACUACAUAUCUGAAAUAUUGGAUGCUGGACUUCGUGGACCUCUGUUUAUGGUGACUGUAGAAAAUUGUCCAGGUGAAGUUUUUAUCAAUGUCUCUCCUACCAAGUGCUGGAACAUGGUCCGUGAGAGGCUGAAUAUGGAAAUACGGAGGCAACUUAGUAUGGGAAGAGCUAACCUUCCUACACUACAGCCUCCAGGAUCAAUUGAUGGUCUUGAAAUGUUUGGGUUGUUAUCACCGGCAAUAGUUCAGGCAAUUGAGGCGCGGGAUAGAGAUCGCAUCUGCACAGAGUACUGGAGAUGCAGGCCCCAUAAUGUCGUUCAAGACCGAGACAGUCCGCAUAUGCCACCUCAGGGUCCACUGCACAUUGUGCUGAGGGGGUUCUUCCAGCGGGCGAACCGCGAUGAACUGCGAACCUUGCGGAGUCUACUGACGAGCAAUAGCAAUCUGGACGACAGCUCCAGGCAGCAGGCUGUCCAAAUCCUCGACGAGGAGAUUGCGAAGCAAUGGUUCUGACAAAUCGUAAAUAAAGGCUGUUGAACUUCUAAUCUUUGCAUGGCAUGAUUUUUUUUUGACGGGGUCAAGCAGGUCUUAACCCUGAGGCUUGCUUCUUCCGUUGCCCUCGUGCCCAUUCUUUGCAUUCUUGUGUUGAUACUCCGUACACCCUGCCAUAAGAUUUGCCACCAUUUGGCUGUUCUUGUGCUCAGGAUGACAGACAGCUCAUCGACUGACUAGUGUACAUACACCAGUUCUGUUUCAAAAUGUUCACACAACUUGUCUCA